UCGGGCUUUGUGCGCCGGAGCCCCGCGGCCCGCCCCAGCCCCAGCCCCCUGCCCCCGACGGCGCGUUUCGGGGCCACCCACCGCCCAGUCUCGGCCGCCGUCGCUCCUCCGCCCCGUCGCGUCCCGUCCCGUCCCGUCCUGUCCAGGAGCGCCCCGAAAUGCCGGUCGACUUCUCCGGGUACUGGAAGAUGCAGAGCAACGAGAAUUUCGAGGAGUACCUGCGCGCGCUCGAUGUCAACGUGGCUUUGCGCAAAAUCGCCAACUUGCUGAAGCCAGACAAAGAGAUCGUGCAGGAGGGUGAGCACAUGAUCAUCCGCACACUGAGCACUUUCCGCAACUAUAUCAUGGACUUCCAGGUCGGGACGGAGUUUGAGGAGGACCUGACCGGCAUCGAUGACCGCAAGUGCAUGACCACGGUGAGCUGGGAAGGGGACAAGCUGGAGUGCGUGCAGAAAGGCGAGAAGGAGGGACGUGGCUGGACGCAGUGGAUCGAGGGUGAUGAGCUGCACCUGGAAAUGAGAGUGCAGGGUGUGGUCUGCAAGCAAGUGUUCAAGAAGGUGCACUGAGGCCUGGGCACCUGCUUAUCCAGCAGUAAGCGGCAUGGACACGUAGGCCAGAAUCCCCCCAACACCCUUGUUUGUGCUGCAUGAGAUAAUUACCCAGCCCAACCCCAACUCCUGCCCUCCUCAGUCUGCCCUGUUACUAGAGGCUGAUUCUUGGAUUUUUUUUUUCCUUCCCUUUAAACAAAGCAGCCCAAUAAAAACUAUAAAUUAAUUAAAUGU